AUGGAAAUUAGUAAUAAUGAGAGUGAAAAUGGAGUUCAUACUAAUAUAUCAGAAGAUAUAUCUACAUACAAUAAUGGGGGUCAGAAUUUAGAGGAUAGUUUAAAUAAGAAGCUGAAUUUGAAUGUAAAGUAUUGUUCAAGUAGAGAGAUCCCAUUAUUCAUAUUAGGUAUAAUAUUUAGUGCUCUUAGUGGUCUAUCACCACCAGUAUUUCUUUUAUUUUUUAGUUUAGCUCUACAGACAAUGCCAGGCCCAGAUUCUGAUAUUAAUGAACAAAAUCAGUUUAUGAUAUACAUUUAUUGUUUAGUAGGUGUCACUUUUAAUGCAGCUAUAUCAACUUGGGUUUCAAUAUCAUUAUUUGAGGGUUUGGCUGAAUAUUAUGUUAGAAAUGUGAAAAAAGCAUGUUUUAAAGCUUUAAGCUCAAUGGAUGAAAAUUGGUUUUGUAAAAAUGACCCUGGUAAAAUUUCAUCAAAAAUUAUUGCUAAUUGUGUACUUAUAAGAGAAGGAUAUGGUUUAAAAUUGUCACUCUUAUAUUCUAAUAUUUCUCAAUUUAUUUUUGGCUUUGUUGUCGGUUAUUAUAGAGGAUGGAAGAUGGCGUUAGUUAUGUCAGCAUCACUUCCUUUUGUUGCUGUAGCAGGAUUUGUAAUUAUAAAGAUCCACAAAAUUUGGGGUAAGACUACUCAAGAGGUUUACUCACAAUCUGGAGCUAUUGCUUUCGAAGCUUUAAAGGAAAUUAAAACAGUACAAUCUUUGAGAAUUGAAAAUAUGACUUUUGAGAAAUAUUAUGAAUUAAUUAAAAAAGUAGAGUCUGCAGGGACUCGGGCAUCAUCAUUUAUUGCAUUAGGUAUGGGUAUUGUAUCUUUUGUUGUUUUUGCUUCAUAUUCCCUGGGUUUUUGGUAUGGAGGAGAGAUUAUUGCUAAUUCCAUAGAAUCAGGAUGUAAAGGAGUGGAUAAUUUGAAAUGUUUCACUGUAGCUAAUGUAAUUAGUAUAUUUUUCUCUAUAACUAAUGCUUCUAUUGCACUUGGCCAAUCAACUCCAUCAAUAGGAAGUCUAGUAAAAGGUAUAGCAGCAUUGAAGGAAUUGGAGGUAUUAUUUGAAUCACCUAUUAUAAAUUCUGAAAAUGAGGAAGUUGAGGUAAAUCAUAAAAAAUUAAGAGGUGAGAUUGAAUUUCGUAAUGUUAAUUUUCACUAUCCAAAUGGUGAAUAUAUCUUGAAGAAUUUUAAUUUAAAGAUAGAGGCAGGGGAGACUAUAGCUUUUGUAGGUACUAGUGGUUGUGGCAAAUCUAGUAUUAUUAAACUCAUUACUAGAUUAUUUGAUAUAAAUAGUGGUUCAAUACUAAUUGAUAAUAAGGAUAUUCGAGACUACAAUCCUAGUUUUAUACGUGAUCAGAUAUCAGUAGUUCAACAACAUACUCCUUUGUUUUUUGAUUCAAUAAGGCAAAAUAUAGCAUAUGGAAAUCCUUUUUCUACUGAUUCUGAUAUUAUUAGAUCUACAGAAAUUUCUUUAUCAUCAGAAUUUAUUAAUAAUUUACCAAAUGGAUUAGAUACUAUAGUUGGUAGUGGUGGGCAUCAAUUAAGUGGUGGUCAAAAACAACGAUUAUGUAUUGCUAGAGCUAUUCUACGUAAUUCCCCAAUAUUUAUAUUUGAUGAGGCUACAUCUGCACUAGAUAUUCAUACAGAGAUGAAAUUACAAAAUUCACUUGAAAGUUAUUUGAAACUUAAACGAAGCACAGUAAUUUUAAUUGCUCAUAGAUUACAAACAGUAAGACAUGCUGACAGAAUUCUCAUUCUAGAGAAAACUCAAGAUCAAGGUGUAGUAAUUAUGGAACAAGGUUCACAUGAUUAUUUGAUGAGCAUAUCUAAUGGGAUAUAUAAAAAUUUAGUAGAAUCAAUGACUGUAGAUAACAACAUUAUUCCAUAUAAUUCUAUACAAUCGGGUUACAUAUAUACAUCAUUGGUUAGUUCUAUGCAUGACAGAACUUUAAUGAAAUUAAAAACUCAAUAUUUAGAUAAACAAUUGAAUGACUCAACUGUAUUAGCAGAAAUGAAUGGAAAUUUAGAUGUAAGGCUUGACUAUUGGACAAAUCUUCUAGAGUACAAAGAAACCAGGGACUAUUACGAUAUGACAAAAGAGAUCAUGGUUGAACAUAUUAAAAAUUUCAAAGUAAAAAUACCAAUUGUAUCUAGACAAAAAUUGUUUACUUUGAUAAGUCCAGACUUAAAAUAUCUGUUUUUUGGUUCAAUUGCAGCUGCAGCUCAAGGUUCAACAUUUCCAAUAAUGGCACUUUUGAUUGGUAAAUAUGUUUCAGCAACAGAAUUACAUUCUGCGGUUGCUGUUCGUUCUAAGACAUCAAUUUACAGUCUAUAUUUAUUAAUUUUGGCAAUUUGUAUAUUGAUUACCACUUUUUUACAAAAUAAUUUUUUGCAGAUUGCUGGAGAGAGGCUUAUUAGAAGAUUAAGAGCUGAAUCCUUCUAUUCUAUGUUAUUUCAAGAUAUAUCCUUUCAUCAAAACUCUGUAAAUAGUCCAAUAAAACUAUGUAGUAUUCUUGCAGAAAAUGUUAUUUUUGCUAAAGGAUUAGUUGGUGAGAACUUGGGUCUCUGUAUUCAAAAUCUUGCAACAAUAAUUUUUGGAUUUGUUAUAGCGUUCACUGGUUCAAUAGAAUUAACACUUGUAAUGGCAGGAUUUCUUUUAAUACUUAUACCAACUGGUUAUUAUCAAGUUAAAAUGAUGCGUAGAACUACAAAUAGGUAUACUGGUAAAGGUGAAGAUAUUCCUGCAUAUAAAAAAUACCAACAUUCAAUAUUAUAUCUUCAGGAAAUUCUGCAAAUGCAUACAACAAUAAUUCUCUAUAAUCUACAAGCAGUAUUUAUGCGAAAUUAUAGAAGGAGUGUUCGUUAUGAGUAUUUAAAAGGUUUAAUAGAUGUUUCUCUAGUUGGUUUUUUCUGGGGCUUGGGUCAGGCAGCCCAAAAUGCAGCUCAAACAUUUGCACUAUGGUAUGGUGCUCAAAUGCUUAUGCAGCAGAAAUUAGGAAAGGGAGAGAUUAUUCAAACUAUUCUGGCUUUAAUACUUGCAGCAGCAUCAGUAUGUAGAUCUCAAAUAUAUGGGACUGACAAGAAGAGAGCAAAAAUAGCAGCAUGUGAGAUCUUCGAUAUAAUAGAUAGAAUACCCAAAAUUAAACACAGAAAUUUUAUUCGAUUAGAGGAUAGAUUAAGUAAAUUUUAUAAAGUUAAUAAACCAGUGGGACAUAAUAAAUAUAGAUCUUUUAUAUAUAAUACAAAAAUUAAUAUGAUUUUGUUUUAUAAUCUUUUACUGAGAAAAUUUGAAAGUAUUUCACCUAAAAAAAUUAGGCAGAUUCAAGAUGAGAUCAAUACAAAUAUGAAUAUCCCAAUAUCUAAUUAUUGUAUAGAAUUUUCAAAUGUAAACUUUGGUUACUCACAUAAAGAUUUUGGUUUAAUCCUUUCAUCUUUAUCAUUCAAGAUACUCUCUGGAGAAGUUGUAGGUUUUGUUGGUUCUAGUGGUUGUGGAAAAACCACUAUUCUAGAAUUAAUUGAGAGGUUUUAUGAUCUAUAUGAUAAAGAAUUUGGUUCUGUAGAAGAUUUAAAACCAUAUAAAGAACCUGAAAAUACACAUUUAGAUACUAAUUUUAUUAGAGAAAAGCAUGGAGUAAUCUACUUGGAUGGUCAAAAUAUACAGGAUUUUGAUAUAGGGUAUUUAAGAUCCUUUAUAGCAUAUAUUCCUCAAGAUGUAGCACUAUUUACAGGUACAAUAGAAGAAAAUAUUAAGCUUGGGAAUCUUGGUGCAAGCUUUGAUGAAGUCCUAGAUGCUGCAGAAAAAGCUCAUGUUGUGGAAUUUGUUAACAAACUCCCUGAUGGAUUUUUAACAAUAGUAAGUUUAUUAAUAUACCUAUCUACUAAAUAA